AUCCAAUCGAACUCCUAAUGAUCAUCAAUUCGUAUAUAGAUCUGAGGCAGGAAUAGCUGUGGAGUGGCGGCGCCGGCGCCGAUCGGCGCUUGUAGAUAUCUUCAAUGUCUACUUUCGCAGGCGAUGGCAACGACGGAGAUAAGGAGUGGGCACAUGCGGAGACGGUAGAUCUACCGGAAGCAGAGGAGGAGGUGCAUCUGACGGAUCCACUACCGCCAUCACUUCCUCCUCCUUCGUUACCGAAACCUGCCAUAGCCGCCUUGUCCUUGCUCCAGGACUCAGAGAUCUGACCAAACUUCUCCCCGGAGCUCAAAUCAAACCCGAC